GACGAGCGUCUGACUCGCGAUCGCGCCACGGCCCGACGUGUUCGGUGUCAUGAUUCUAAUCAGUGAAAGAGCACGCGUCGAAGAGUUUCCCGGGCGACGUUCGGUACGGUGAUCGCCGCGGCAGUCAGGGAAGUGACACGAAAUUCUGCAGUGCGCGCGUGUACGGGCCCCGCACGGACAAGAGCCCGUAUCCGGAAUUCCAGACGACACGGAGAAGCGAAUUCGGCUGGGCCGACCUUUGCGAAUAAGAGAUGUCGACCUGGAUGAGCCUGCAAAAUUCAUUCGCCAUGGCGAACCAGACGAGGGCUCCGCCGCAGAUGCGAAUAAAGCUUUGUAUGGUCAGCGCCGGUCUCCAAAUAGUCCUUUUGCUCACCGUCCUACCUCAAGAAAGCCUGUGCGGACCUCAUGAGAAACGUUUAUUAAAUGAGCUGCUGUCGACGUACAACACCCUGGAGCGGCCUGUCGCCAACGAGAGCGAACCUCUUGAGGUGAAAUUCGGCAUCACGCUGCAGCAGAUCAUUGACGUGGACGAGAAGAAUCAAAUACUAACGACAAACGCGUGGCUCAAGCUGGAGUGGACGGACUAUAAUCUCCAGUGGAACGAGUCUGAUUAUGGUGGAGUGAAGGAUCUCCGAAUCACUCCGAACAAGCUUUGGAAACCAGAUAUCCUCAUGUACAACAGUGCGGAAGAGGGUUUCGACGGAACGUAUCAAACGAACGUGGUGGUCACGCAUAACGGCAGUUGCCUGUACGUCCCUCCGGGCAUCUUCAAGAGCACAUGCAAGAUGGACAUCACUUGGUUCCCCUUUGACGACCAACACUGUGACAUGAAGUUCGGAUCCUGGACCUACGACGGCAACCAGCUCGAUCUGGUACUCAACUCUGAGGAGGGCGGUGACUUGUCCGAUUUCAUCAUGAACGGGGAAUGGUACCUCAUCGGCAUGCCCGGGAAAAAGAACACGAUAAUGUACCAGUGUUGUCCGGAGCCGUACGUCGACGUCACCUUCACCAUCCAAAUCCGAAGGAGGACGCUGUAUUAUUUUUUCAACCUGAUCGUGCCGUGCGUCCUGAUAUCAAGUAUGGCACUCCUGGGCUUCACGCUGCCGCCGGAUUCCGGAGAGAAGCUCACCUUAGGGGUGACCAUUCUGCUGUCGCUGACAGUUUUCCUGAACCUCGUGGCAGAAAGCAUGCCGACGACCUCGGACGCUGUCCCUCUAAUAGGGGUGACCAUCUUGUUAUCGCUGACGGUGUUCCUGAACCUAGUCGCCGAGACCCUGCCACAGGUCUCCGACGCGAUACCCUUGUUAGGGACAUACUUCAAUUGCAUCAUGUUCAUGGUGGCGAACAGCGUAGUCCUGACAGUGGUGGUUCUGAAUUUCCAUCACCGAACGCCAGACAGAUACGCGAUGUCGCAGUGGAUAAAAACACUAUUUUUACAAUGGUUGCCAUGGUUGCUGCGUAUGAAUCGUCCGGGAAAGAAAGUCACGAAGAAAAAUAUCCUUAUGAGCAACCGAAUGAAGGACAUGGAACUGCAGGAAAGAAGUAGCAAAAGUUUGCUGGCAAACGUUUUAGAUAUUGACGAUGAUUUUCGUCAUAAAAAUAGCGCAGCUAAUCCUCCUUCCGCAUACAUAAGUAGGUCGGCGUUCGGUACACCGAUAUCCACAGGAAGACCAGCGACAGUCGAAGAUACAUCGGUGUCGUUACCCCUUAGUGGUAUGCAAGAAGAAUUGCACACAAUCCUUAAGGAAUUGCGAUUCAUUACGGAUCGUAUGAAAAAGGCGGACGAAGGCGACGAUGUUAUUAACGAUUGGAAAUUCGCCGCUAUGGUGGUGGACAGGCUUUGCUUGUUCAUCUUUACAUUGUUCACGGUUCUGGCUACGAUAGUUAUAUUGUGUCGUGCGCCACACAUAAUCGUCCAAUAAAUAGACUGCCCCGGUAAAGUCACCGAAACAAAGCACAAAAAAUGCCAACGAAACGACGACGCAUGGGUUUCGAGGAGACAGCUAUGGCGCGACGAAGCAACGAAAGACGAGAUGGACACGGGAUUCGUUGCCCUCCAUUUCCUUUCUUCUCGCUCAGGCCUGCCGAAGCCCUACCCGCUGUUCUUCCAUUUUCUUCCUAGGAAGAGGAGACCUGGAAAUUGUGAAACUCGAGCGCGAGAUUGUCGACAAAUUGCGAUGUGCUUCUAGUUAACGAUCGAAGAAUUACAGGGGACCUAACUGAGGAAGAAGAGGAGCAGUACGUAUCGGACAGGAAAGGAAAAAGAAAAGGAAAAGAAAAAGAAGAAGAGAAAGAAGAAAAAGAAGAAGAAGAAGAAAAAGAAGAAAAAGAAGAAAAAGAAGAAAAAGAAGAAAAAGAAGAGGAAGAAGAGGAAGAUGAAGAAGAGGAAGAGGAAGAGGAGAAGGAAGAAAAAGAAGAGAAAGAAAAACAAGAAGAAAACGAAAUACGAGUAAGAUCGGAAAAGGAAACCCAGUCGAUAUCAAGGGAAUCGUGGUCAGUUCGGUUCUUUCGGCUGACCGUGGCCAAAUUAAGCGCCGUGCCUGAAAAAUCGGUCGAACAAUUCCGUCGUCGAUCGCGAAGGUCGUUCAUGGGACGCGAGACGCACAGAAAGAGAAUGGAAGGGGAAAGGAUUAAGGAAGAACCGAACGAAGAACACGAAUGGGGAUCGCGACAAGGGAGGACAAAACGGCGCCUCGACAUAUUGCUGACAAUACACGGCCACGUUGUGCGUUCACUUCCUUCGGCUGUCUUUGUUUAAAACCUAAUUAAUCGACCGCUGUCACUUUUCUCUCCGGAUAGGUAAAAUCGAUGUUCGCCGUAAGUCGAUUGUGUAACGUUUAAUUUAUCGUAAAGACGCGCGCGUUUUAAGUAUACUCAAAUAUCGUGGUCGAGAGUGAUUCCGGUGAUUAAACGAGAGAAAAGGGAGAAGAAGGAGGAAAAGUAUAUAGCCGAGACGCGGUGUUUAUGUAAUAAUUCCUCGGGAGAACGUUUGUCGCGGCCUUUCAAUAAUAAAUUAGUAACAACAAAACCUGAACAAAAUGAAAGAAGAAAGACGACAACAGCAACAACAACAACAAAACAACAAUAACAACAACAACAACAACAACAACAACAACAGCAACAAAAACAACAAAACAACAGCAACUACAACAACAACAACAACAACAACAACAACAACAAUAACAAUAAUAAUAAUAAUAAUAAUAAUAAUAAUAAUAAUAACGAUAACAAUAAUAAUCGUAAUAAUGCUAACGGUUAAAACAAUGUGACAAGGAUUUAACGGAAUACGAAUACUUUAAUAGAUGAUCGAAUAAUAUUUACGUUAACGGUACCGUUAACGAUAUACAUAAUAUACAUAACGUUUAAGGAGUAAUUAAAUGCAAAAGGAAUAAUAUUGUUAAUGAUAAUCGCUUUGUGUGCGGACGUGUCACGAAUCGAGUUUGCGUGUAGCGUUGUGCCAUUAAGGGUCUAUCGUGGGAACGAUACGGUCUUUAAAUAACUGCCAAAUAGAGAAACUCAAGACAGGGGUGUCCAACCAUUUACAGAUAAAGAAACGCGAGCUGCAGUUCAUUUACGAUUCCCUGAAUGAACAUGGUGUUUGAUUAAUGGAUCCUAGAACAUUAGCAAUGAAUAUUUCAAGUGAAUCUUUCGCUGGUUUCUUCAUUUCACCAAAUUAUAGCCGGUUUUAUCGAUGAACGUAACAGGUAAUAGGUUUAAUCGAAUUGAUUGGGCGGCGUCCCUUCGUUGUGGUCUCGCAGAUUCGCAAUAAGAGAUGGGGACUGGCAACAGACUGGUCAGUAGACAAAACUGCCAAGUUGGACAACCUCUGCUUUCCGUACAGACACGAAAUCGUUCUUGAUGGAUCAUCGACAAACGCGAUGAUUGGUUUCGUUGACUUUUAAAGAAAUCGGGAUUGAUCGCGUGACUAGCAUGCUAUACGCGUUUUCCUGAUUACAUGGAAGUUAUCAGUGACUGUACUCUGAUCACGUGAAAAUUGGCAAUCGUCUCGAUCCGAUUUUUCGCAAUCGAUAAUCGUAUUUUUCGUGCAAUGUAGUUUCUAUGAUGUACCACAUAAUUUCAUGUUCUUAAUACCGUUGAGAAUUUUAUCGUGCAACAAUUUUUACUUUUAUGUAUUUUCCGCUUUUUAGUUUGAUUUGUUUUAGUUUGAUGCUUAAUUAUGGAAUAUCUGAUAUGAUAUUUAUAAUUAAGUAACAUAUAAUGAUUCAGAAUUGGUAAUUGGUAAAUUAAUUUUUAUUAUUUGUAAACUUUCAGUAAAUGUAAUUUAGCUUCUUUUUUGUCGGAAUCAGAGAUAGAUAGAAUCGGUUGAGCAAUCGGGAACAGAUUGGUGCAAUGACAUUGGUGCAAUGUCUUAUUAUUUCAAUCAUUUCUUCGCGUACACGUUUAAAAAUAUUAUCACUGAAAUUUAAAUAUUUGCAAUCUUUCUAGUUCUUGGAAAUUUGUUGAAAAUAACAUUGUUAAUUAGAAAAAAAAACUGCUUUGACAUUACGUUUCACUCAUUUUCUGUAGUUUUCCAUAGUCAGUCAAUGGGAAGUCAUCGAAUUGCAGUUUGCAGACCAGUAAAAAAGAAAAAUCAAACAACUUCAACCUUGGACCAAUUCAGCAUCGCGAAAUAUAAAUCAAACUAACAUUAAGACGACAAUCCUAAAUCGCAUUACGUACUUAAACACCGGAAAAAUCGAAUUCCUCCAAUCCAAGACUGUCAGAUUCAACUUGAACCCAUCCUAAACUGAGACCCUUGAGAACCAGAGAAAAUGAAGCCACUAAAAUGGACCAAUCGUGAUCUGAAGGCAUUAAAUCAGGCCAAGAAAUCAGGCUACUUCAAAACCGAAUCACCUUAAUUGCAUUAGCAAAGAACAUAUUAGGUAUAGUAAAAAGUUCUUCUCGAUUUUUCUGUGAGAUCAAAGAUUUAUUUAAAGUAAUGAAGAAAUUCCCAGUCAUUGAAAUAAUUGCUAUUGUCGUUUAUAAUAUCCUGCCACUUCUCUGGGAACCAAUGAACACCAUCGUAAUAGAUAUUCGGUGACUUUGAUGAAACAAAUUAAUCUAGUCAACUGAAGCUGAUUGGAAAGAACUUGUUACUACACCUAGUAAGGAGACCAUCACAAGAUUCAAAAACUCAAAUUAGGCAAUUAUUGGAUUCAGGGACUGAAACCAGGGUUUCUAAGACUUUAUGCCUUCUAAAGAUCUUAUUUUCAGUCCCUAAAUGUAAGGAUUUCAUAUUGGGUACUUAAACUAAGUAAUUAUCUACUUUGUGUCUUUCUAUUCGAAAAUUUAUUUGAUUCUUGGCACGAAGAACUUGUACCACUUGCAAUCUCAAAUUCAAAAUUAGUUUGAUUUAGAACCUCUCGGAUCUAGGUUGGUCUGAUUCGAGUCUUGUUUUGUGAUUUUAUUUGAUAGAAAUGUGCCUUUGUUUGUCAUCUUUACUUUGUUGAAAUUAGAAAGAUGCAAAUUGAAUAAUAUUGUACCUAAGUACUUCACGAAAACCAAAAUUGAUUCAUAUUCUAUAUUUAUUUUUCAAGAUAGAACAACCAUAUGUUUUAAAAAUAUUUUUAAUUUUUGUAGAAGCUAAUAAAUAUAAUUGUUAACAUAUUAAUGAUAAAAUAGCUUGAUUCUAGAUUGAUGAUAAUAGUUUCAUGUGUUAUAAAAAAGAAAACAAAAAUGGCAAAUGACUGUCAAUGUAUUAAACAAAAUACCUAAUAGGAAACGUUUUUGUUUUCAUUAGAUGUUAAAAGUAUUUAUUUCUAUAAUAAUUUGAUCGCAUUUACCCAAAGAGACGAUUCCAAGAACUAACAGUCUGCCAAUCCUUCUCGUGACAAAGCGGAAUAUGCUAAACAUCAUAUAAUUUAACGCAAUAGAUCAGGCGUACGUACAUUUGAAAAUUUAGGCAUAAUCACAUUAAUAAUCAAAUUCGCUGAGAAUUACGAAAUUUAGUGACAGGUUGCGUAUAUAUAAAUGCAUUAUUCAUCGUUGAACAGUGUGAACUCGUAUAUUACAAAUCGUUUAUUACAACACUGUUUGUAACACCGGAAUUUAUUCAUCUCAGUAUUCAUCUUCAUUGAUUGCAAAAUUUAUAUUUGACGUUUGAAAUUAAUGAACGUGUUAAACAAUUUCACAGUCAAUAUAUUCAGUUGACAGAACUGGAUGUGAAUGAACGUAAAAAUGACGGGUAUGUAAAUAAAUAUUAGUUGCAAUAUAAAUUAAAAUAUAGAUUUAACAAGCUGCUGUUCAUACUUUAUAUGAGUUUCCGUGUUGGUUUUGUAAAAACAAAAUAUAAUUUAAAAUUUCUCUCAGAGAAUCGAGGAACAUGCAAUAGAUAUUAUUAUAGAUGUUAUUAAUUUUUAGUUUAUAGUUCUUUUUAUCUUUGUGUACAAAAAUAAUAGAUCACGAUGUAUGAAAUUAAUUACAUUAUCUGUUAAAAGUAUUCGAUCGCAUCUUGAUUUAUGUUAAAUGCGGUAGCUCACAAUUAAUACACAGUUCUUUAGGACUAUUUUGAUUAAUCAUCUUAAAAAUUUCUGUUUAUAAAUUUCUUUAAUGAGUUAUUGCCUGUUACACAUUUUAACGUUAAUUAACUUCAAUUUUUCAUAACAUGAUCAAAUUUGUGAAUUUAACUUUUUCGUAGUAAAAUCGGUAUUCGAUUCAUUCAAAACAUAAAAAGAUUAGUAAGGAAAAAUAAAAAAAUUUAAGGAAAAAUCAUUCAGUGAGUAAGUAAUGACCAACGUAAUACCCUAACAAGAAUGAAAUAUAGAUAUCCAGUCGUAAAAAGAAUGAUUAUGUACUGAAUGCAAAAUCAACGAGUCAAAAUGUCUCAGUGAAUCUUGAAUAUCAUGUGAUUAAUUGAAAUGACAUGAACCAACCGUUUCUAAAUUCUUAUAGAAAUUUCACAGCAACAAUUACAAAUGCAGUGAAUGUUCUCAAAAGUUUUGAUAGAGAUGCAGGAAACUUUCAUUCUUCAUUGUACCACAACUAAUAUUAACCCUUUGAGAACGAAUGCCGUCGUAUCGACGACAUCAAAGAUUCAUAUCUUGAACACAAAGUUGCAAACAAAUGAUUUAAUUAUUUAAAUGAUCGAAGAUUAAUACAUAAUUUCCUUUUUCUUGUACUUAAGAGUUCAAUACGUAAUUUAGCUUCUUCAGCUGAGAGUUCUGAAUACAGUAAAACUUUGAUUAACCAAGCUACAGUUUUUCGAAAUCUGGAUUGUUCAGUUUUCAUUAUUCAUACGCGCAAUAAUUCAGAUUUUUAGAUUAUACUGCAGACUAUCUAUCAGUAUUUCUUCUCAAGUUUCCAUUUUUUAUUUGGGCAGUCAGUCGGCCAAUUAAAUGGACUAACAACUAAAUACGUUGGAGAAUUAAACAAACUAAGAAUCAAGCUUUUACUUGAAAAAGUACUCAUUCGCAAAGGGUUAAUUGUUCCAAUGUUUAGAACGAAAAGUAACAGUGUUACGCGUAGAAAGCUAAUAGACCUUAACAUAUGUAAGAUCGCGGUUCGUUUCCCCGUGGAGUUUCGCGUAUGGCAUUUAGAUAAAUAUAAGAAUCGAUAUACGUAAGAAACACGUUGAAGUAAACACGGCAGUUACGUUCCUCGUAUCGUACAACGAAUGUAAAGUUAAACAAUACACGAAGAAACAUACGCACGCGAUUAUCGUGAAUAUUAUAUGAUUGUUUUUAUACACACGGUCGCGUACAUUCGACGCGGGACAGGAAAGUGCCGGAAGAGAGCACAAAAUGGCGGACGCGACGCGGCGUAGCGUCACAGCAGUACAGUCAUUGAUCUUCGCAUCGCACAAAAAUCGUUGAAUCUUCACUCGUCUGUGAAAACGAACCUACUCUAUUUUCCAAGUAGCCGAAGCUGUACGGAACGUGGGAGUACACACUUAUUGUUAAAACGACGGGAGAAACAUAAUAAUGAAUAACCUCGAGGUGUUCGGAUUAAAUACUCAAAUAAAAUAUGUACAUAAAAAGAAGAAAAGAAAUGUUUGCAUGUCGUGGGACUCAAUACAUUAUAGCGACGUAAUAGGUAUCAAAACAGUAUCAGAUAAAACUAAGUAAGAUUAAUUAUAAACAUAAUAAUAACUUUAAAAAUCUUAGUUAGAAUAAUCUCGAUCGGUGCUCGAUCGGGGCUCGAUCGAAGGAAUUCUCAAAACGUAAAUGAUCGAUUGAAAUUUUCUCGCGGUUCACGGUGGAGAAAACCUGAAUAAUUAGGGAUUCUUCGGAGUUAUAUUUUUAAAUGAUGAAAAAUCGUCGAUUCCUGUUCGAUCGUUAAUUUAAAAAUGAACGUAUCGCCAUACACAAGGAAGCACGCGUUUACUAUACGCGAAACCAUUCAUCAAAAUGUCGUCUCGGAACGUUUUCAGGGACGAUUGCUCGAAAUAUCCGACAAUCAUGUGUUAUGGGAUAGAAAGACGCGCGCUAUAGACCGAUGAAACAGAGAAAAAACGACGCACGUACUAUGGCAGUUCCUUUCGAGAACCCUUCGCUUCCCGGGCUGUAUGGCGAUAGAGGACAGCUUCGAGAACAACGAACAAAAUGAAUUUUUAGCGACUAAAAAGCUUCGAACCGGAUCGAACGGAGGCGCAAUCGAUGAUUUUUGGGUCGACGCGAAUUCGAGGAACAUUCUCAGAUCGGAACGUGCUUUCAUCUACGACCUAGAAUAAUUUUCUAAAUCGCGGUGCGAUUCGCUGGGAAAGGCGUAGGUACAUACGCGUGCAAUCACGGCGGUUUUUCGUUCGACGCUCUGACCGACCGCCGGACGGCGGUUGAAAUCGAUCUGACAGGCUCACACAAUCUCCAUUCGAAGAAACCGAAUUUGAUCGAAGCAUCGGCAAGACGGAGUGCGUCGAGACGCGGUCGCAGAAGGACAGACCAAAUACAUAUUUAAUAUUCGGCUUGGACGGGAUGGAACACGAUAAAACGAAAACGAAACAAAAAAAGAAAUGAAAAGAACAGAAAAGAAAAGAAAGGAAAGAAACAUAGAAUAAAUAUAUUCUAGAAUGGUCUAUAAAAGAAUUAAGGAAACAAAGUUUUAUAUCGAAGAGGCGCGCGCGAGAAGGGGGAGUGCAUUUUUAAUACGAAUGCUCAUUGAAACAAAACUAGCGGGUAUCAGCUAAAAUAUUUCACGCGUUAUUUGUAUCGUUAAAAAGUGGAUCGGACGCGUUCGGGUCUUUAUCGGGUGAAGAAAGA